AUGGGCUCUCUAGACGAGUUCACAUUUUCCGGGACCUCCUAUGUCCAGGGCAAGGCCACAGGAAGGCUCCUUGCCAGCAACCUCGAACUUAGCUUCUGGGGAGGCGUCGACCCGCACAAGAGCGAGAUCAUCGACCGACAUCAUCCCUUGAGCGGACAGCGUCUUCAGAACUCGAUCCUUGCCAUUCCAGGAGGUCGAGGCUCUUGUACCGGCAGCGGAAUCGUGCUGGAGCUCUUGCUCAACGGAAAGGCACCUGAGGCGAUGAUUUUUGAACGACGUGAGGAUAUCCUCACUUUGGGGGUUAUGAUUGCUGAGGAAGUCUUUCAAAAAUCAAUUCCGGUUGUGGUCUUGAAAAAGGAAGACUUUCGGGAGCUUUUGAAGUUUAAUGGUCGCGAUAUCUACGUUGAUGACGGCCACAUCUCUACCAAGGAGCUUCCAAGGCAAAAACCAGACCCUUCAAGCAAUGUCAAAAGGGAUACUCUAGAUCUUGGGACUACGCCAACCUUAGAAGGUGUCAAACUUUCCAGUCUUGAUGCGGCAUUUCUGAAGGGCGACUGUGGAGAGGCAUCACGUGUGGCAAUUCGCAUAGUACUGCGCAUGGCCCACGUACUUGGCGCUACAGAGUUGAUGGAUGUGACACAAGUCCAUGUCGACGGAUGCGUUUAUACCGGCCCUGCAACUCUGGCUUUGGCAGAGAGACUUAGGGACUGGGGAGGCCAGGUCCGAGUCCCAACGUCCCUCAACUCCAUUUCGGUUGAUCAGAAACGAUGGCGUGCUUUGGGUAUCGAUACGACGUUUGGUGAAGCUGCCGAUAGGCUUGGAAAGGCCUAUACGGAUAUGGGAGCACGACCGACCUUUACUUGCGCACCAUACCAGCUGGAUACCGCCCCCAAGCUAGGUGACCAGGUGGCCUGGGCAGAGUCGAAUGCCGUUGUGUAUGCCAACAGCGUGCUCGGAGCAAGGACCAUGAAGUAUCCCGAUUUUCUCGACAUUUCGAUUGCCCUGACAGGGAGAGCACCCAAAGGAGGGCCUCAUAUUGAUGCCAACCGGCUGGCCUCGGUCUGUGUGAAGAUAUCGGGGUUCGAGUCCAGUAAAGUGGUCGACGACUCGUUUCCACCCUUGCUUGGCUACUACGUGGGCUCCUUGGCAACGAGUCAGAUCCCCGUGGUGGUGGGACUCGAGUCGUUUCGUCUGACAAAGGACGACUUGAAAGCAUUCGGAGCUGCUUUUGCUACAGUUUCCAGUGCACCAAUGUUCCACAUCGUUGGAGUGACGCCAGAAGCUACAACACUCGAGACUGUGGUUACCCCUGAUUUCACGUCUGUCGAAGUCAACUUUGCAGAACUGAUGGCGUGCUGGGAAAAGUUGAACAGUGCCCCGAGGCAUCAACCUAUCGAUCUGGUAUCACUCGGAAACCCUCACUUUUCCCUUUACGAGAUACGAAAGCUGGCAGCUCUGUGCCGAGGCAGGGAGAAGUUGGCGAGCGUUGCCAUGAUAGUGACCUGCAGUCGCACAACAUACGGUCUUACCAGCCAAGCAGGGCUAAUAGAUGACCUGGAACGAUUUGGAGUGCAGAUACUGACUGAUACAUGUUGGUGCAUGAUCACUGAGCCGGCAAUUCCACCAGCCGCAAAGACCAUCAUGACAAACUCUGGAAAGUAUGCUCAUUACGGGCCGGGACUUACGGGGAGAGGCAUGUACUUUGGGAGUUUGGCUGGGUGUGUGGAAGCUGCUUGCAGUGGUAGUUAUGAUGCUGAGACGCCAUCGUGGCUUUCUUAG